CCGCCCCAAUAUUUUUCUAGUUGCAUCCAUCUUAAACCACUGUAUCCUCGAGCUUCAUUGGCGGACAAAGAGAUGCGAUUAUCUGCGUUGCAUUUUUUGGCCUUCACAAGUCUCGCAGCAGCUCAGUAUCCAUCUCGUCCUCGUGCCCCCGGAAUCGCUUUCAGACUGACACAUGACUAUGGCGUUGCUGCAAUUUACCUUGAAAAUGGGACUUCUGUUCCUGUGGCCCAAGUCUAUGGUUCACCAGGCUAUCAGGAGUUCAUGAGAAAGAACAACACCUCAGCAUCUCCCGAGGCCAGCAAGUUCUGUCAACUGAGGUCCCAAGCGAUAGAUCGUCUUCCAUCCGCGGCCACAUCGAAAAUAGACAUCUGUCGCAACGCAGAUGUCAUCCACACCAAGGCUCUAUUGUCAACUUUACAGGCAGCGACAGAAUCAUACCUCGGAACCAACAUCUGCCAUGCUGCACUCAUCCUCGACGACGUCUCAAAACACAAGGUAAAUGUGGCGCAUGAAGCUCUCGCUGCUCUCGGCCUUUAUCAAGUACUGCCCACUGUCCAAGCAUCCAAAUCCUUUGCGCUUGCACACAGGCCCAAGGACGCCCCCGCGUUUGACGAGAAGCCAUGGCCUGUUCUCGUAAUCGACUUUAGCAUCCAUUGGUUCAACAUCGGUUUGUACACCAUCGGGGAACUCGGCAUUGUGGAUCCGGUGGAAGGAUAUGUCAGAGGUCCGACGACUGACGAGGAGAACCAGCUGGACGCUCUGCGAGACACGCUGAGCCACAUUUUCGCCCACCCUCCGGCGGACAUGAGGCUCCCAGAGGAACUUCGCCACUUGAUUGUAUACGGUGAUGAUGCGAACAACGACGAAUUUCGCCGCAUACUCGCGGCGGCACUGCGCAACGUACAAUUACCCACUCAACAGACGCGCAACGUACUCAGCUCGAUUUUUGAUGGUCCAGCCUACACGGCCUACACUGCGCAUGUGCGCAUGGAUACUCCUGAAUUUGAGACGCACGCCCCGUCUGCCUUUGGCUGUAAGUGGCGUUCCAAGCUGUACUCCGAAGAUCAAACCGAGCUCUCGACAUAAAAAACCGUUCGUUAAUAAUAUACCUUGGUAAUACAUCUGCU